UCUGUUGUGAGCUCCAUGGAGGAGUGGUUGGAUUUUUGAGGUGGGGCGGGAAGGGGUGGUGGGUGCAUAGAGUCAGACCCUGAUUUUCACACACACAAACCCACACACACACACACACACACACACACACACAGCCCUCUGAUAGAGGACAGACGGAUGAAGCACAGAGGAGCCUGUUAGAGAACGACAACAACAAAGAGAGUUUACAGAGAGAAGCUGAGAGAGCAACCGGAAGGGAAGAAGAGCCGGAACCGGGAGGGAGAAAGAGGUGCUGUGUGCUGUGUCAAAAAACAAUCCCAAACCAGUCAAACCAUUUCCAACAUUCUUCAAAGAAGAGCACUUCAACUCUGAAGCCCGAGUGUCCAGAAACCUUUAAGAAUUAAUUUUUUUUUGAUCAGCUGGGUUUCUAGAAAGUGGACCAGCGUCCCUGCCUGUCAAGAGGUCAACUCAGUACCCCUUCUUACUGACUGUAGGAAACUAUUUAGUGUGACGUAAACGCAUGCUCAAACCUACAAAAGAUCAUCUCAACGGUCAAACGAUGGCGCCAAAAAAGAAGGCCUCCCGCCAGAAGAAGCCCGCCGUGGAAACCAUCCCUCAGGUCGCCGUGGAAACCGCCGCAGUCCAGCUUAAGGUGGAGCGCCGCGGCGACGGUGUGGUGGUGAUGGAGAGCGGGGUGAAGAAGAUCGAGCAGAUGGCGGCGCUGGACAUUGCUCAGCUGAACAGCCUCAAUCUGCCGCUGCCGCUGCCGGUCAUCAAGCCCGGCGAGCGAGGCCUCGGCCUGGGCAGCGAGCUGACACGCCCCCUGCACGGCAACGCCCUGCUGGAGGAGCUCAGCAAGAUGCGGCAGGAGAAGUUCCUGACUGACCUGGAGUUGGCCUGCAAGACGAAAGCCUUUGACGUCCACAAGCUGGUCAUCUCCUCCAUCAGUCAGUACUUCAGAGAGAUUCUGGCCAAAGACCCGGGCAUGAAGCGCCUGGAGCUCCCCUCCCUCUCACCUCUAGGCCUGGCUAAUGUCAUCACCUUCGCCUACCUGGGUCGGGUCCACAUGUCCCUGUACACCAUCGGCUGCACCGCCUCGGCCGCCGCCACCCUGCAGAUCCCUCAGCUCCUCAAGAUGUGCAUGGACUUCCUGCUGGCCGAGCUCAACGUGCAGACCUGCGUCUACAUCUGGAACAUCGCCUCCGCCUACGGCCUGUCGUCAGUGAGCGACGCCGCGCGCCGCUUCGUCCUGGAGAACUUUGUACAGUUCGCAGACACGGCGCUCUUCACCCAGUUGACCCUGGAGCAGAUCUCCGACUUCCUGCAGGACGACGCGCUGCUGAUGCCUUCAGAGGUCACUGCCUUCCAGUUGGCCAUGAGGUGGCUCGACUUCGACGCCUCUCGUCAGCCUCACGCCGCGGAGCUGCUGUCCCACAUCCGCUUUGAGACGAUCCCCGCCAGCGAGCUGGUGAGCCAGAUCCAGCCGGUGCCCCGCAUGAUGAUGGACCCGCACUGUCACCGCCUGCUGGUGGACGCCAUGAACUACCACCUGCUGCCCUUCCAGCAGAACACCCUGCAGUCCCGACACACGCAGGUCCGGGCCGGUCAGCAGACUCUGCUCACCGUCGGUGGUCGGCCGUCGCUCACGGAGAGGGCUCUCAGCCGAGAGGUGCUGUGGAGGGACCCUCGAGAAGGAUCAGCCACCUGGCGUCACCUCACCCAGCUGCCAGCGAAGAGCUUCAACCAGUGUGUGGCUGUGAUGGACGGCUUCCUGUACGUGGCCGGAGGGGAGGACCAGAACGACGCCCGCAACCAGGCCAAGCACGCCGUCAACAACCUCAGCAGAUAUGACCCUCGCUUCAACACCUGGCUCCACCUGGCCAGCAUGCGACAGCGGCGCACCCACUUCUCACUGGCAGCCAGCGGCGGCCGCCUGUUCGCCAUCGGCGGGCGCAACGUGGAGGGUCUGCUGGCCACCACCGAGAGCUACCUGCCGUCCUCCAACGCCUGGCAGAUGCGCGCUCCCAUGGAUGUGCCCCGCUGCUGCCAUUCCAGCGCCACCUUGCCCUCCGGAGACAUCCUGGUGACCGGCGGGUACAUCAACUGCGCCUACUCCCGCUCCGUUGCCUGCUACAACGUGGACACCGACGCCUGGAGCGAGAAGAACCCCAUGGAGACACCCCGCGGCUGGCACUGCUCUGCCGCCCUCGGUGGGAAGGUGUACGUAGUGGGAGGGAGCCAGCUGGGGCCUGGCAGUGAGCGGGUGGAUGUGCUCUCCGUGGAGGUCUUCUCCCCAGAGAGCAGCAGCUGGAGCCGGGCAGCCCCUCUCCUCCUCGGCGUGAGCACCGCCGGCCUCUCCCCGCUGGCCGACAAGCUGUACCUGCUAGGCGGCUGGAACGAGGCGGAGAAGCGUUACAAGGCGGCCGUCCAGAAGUACGACCCGGCCACGGACAGCUGGUCCGUGGCGGAGGAUCUGCCCGAGCCCACGGUAGGCGUGUCCUGCUGCACCCUGACCCUGCCGCCCCGUCACGCGCCGCGCCGGCAGCAGCACCGCAACACCCCGGCCCACGAAGAGCAGCAGGCCGCGAGGAACCGGAGCAGAGAGAGCAGCACGGCUCCUUCCCAGACCGUCAUCGCAUAGGAGACAAGGCCGCACGGGAGAGACGAGAGGAAGGCUGGUACAACCUCUGAGGAACAUCUGGAUCAUGUCUGCUCUUUAUUCACUUUCUAGACGCCACACACAGUAUGGUAUAUCUUGUGUGGAAAAGUGAAACUACUUGAAAGUGAAAUUAAAAUGUAUUUUCAUCUGUAAAUAACACAAAGAAUUCUGGAUAGAAGAAUAGAAAUUAAACCAGUUUUUUUCAGUAGCAUUAUUUAAAUAAGUUAUAUUGUAGAAAUACUCGAAAACAUAUAUUUACAUUCAAUUAAUUCUAUUUAUAUAAAUUAAACUCUAAAAGUACUGAUAAUGGUUACUGAGAUGCCUUUUUCCAUUGAUUUACACAAUUUACAAUAGGUAUUGAUCCUCAAUGCUUCCAAAAGGGAUUUGGGGGUCUCAAAUCUAAAAUCCAACCAGAUACAGAUCUAUGAAAUGUCCAUGUGCUGGUUUUGCAAGAAGGAAAGAAAAGAGAGCUAGCGUGAUCCAAAGUGGUCUCAGGAGGUUUUACAUUGACGCAAACUGAAAAGAAAAGCGUGAGUAAGGGAUGAAUUGUAAAGUGGAGGUAGAGAGAGGCGAUGGAUGGUGGAGGAAUGGUGAAGACCGGAACAGUGGCCGUCUGCGCUUGAGUGUUGAACGAACUUUGAAAAGUUUGUAUACAAAGAUGCAUCUCAAAAGAGUUUGUGGCUUUCAACUGUGAAGUGUGUGUGUGUGUGUGAGCGAGAGACGAGUGAAUGGCAGGAAUAUGAGCCAAUUCUGACAAAUUGCAAUAAUCAGGAUUUCUCCCCAGCAAAUGUUAACAUGUCAGCAACAAACACCUGUUUAUUCUUUAAUGUAUUUGAUGGUUCGGUCAGAAGUAGUGUAGCUCAACUGUAACAUGCAUUUAAAAAACAGAUGUACUUAAAUAUAUAAUUAUAUAAGGAUUCUGAGAUGAACUCUACAACAGGUAAAACAACAUGUAUACUAAAGCAGAAAAGAAUAUUUAUUAAAAAUCUAUUGGAAAAAAAUCCAACAAUUUCAAACAAAACCUCGCCUGUUUGUUUUAAAACAUUUGAAGAUCUAAUUUUGACUAAACUAAGAAACUACCAACUGAAGAACCUGAGACGCCAGCAGGUGGAAAGACCAACUGAAGAGCGGCAGCUGCAUAUUGAUGAGUUAUUGAUGAAUUGUUUUUAACAAGGUACAUUGAGGUGAAUCGGGCUCAUUUGAUUGGAUGACUCCCUCUGCGUUACCAGACGAGCUCCGUGCUGGUGGUUUCACUGAA